CAGGUAGCUGUGAAACGUAUCCAUGUCAAUUUGUGAUCGCAUGGUGUACAGAUUGUGCGGGUGUUCAGUGCCUAUGUUUGUAUCCAAACGGUGUAACACACAAAAGAAAGAAUCGGAUAACUGCUUUUUACGAUGGCUAGUGGAGAUAACCCUAUGAAUAAGUCUGAAGUAAACGGCAAGUUGCCAUCGGAAGACACAUCACAUCAUACGUCCACUCCCGACAAAGCGAAAUGGGGCAGGCCGUUAGAAUUCAUAUUGGCCUGUCUGGGAUACGCGGUCGGAUUAGGAAAUAUAUGGAGAUUUCCUUAUUUGGCCUAUAGGAAUGGUGGCGGUGCUUUCUUAAUACCAUUCUUUAUUAUGGUCGUCAUCAUUGGACUUCCCCUGUUUUUCCUGGAGUUAUACGUUGGACAGUACACAGGAUUGGGUCCGUUACAUGCCUUUAGCGCAAUAGGCCCUUUCUUCAGUGGUCUCGGUUACUGCACACUUGUAGUGAUCAGUAUCAUAUCUAUUUACUACAUGGUCAUCGUCGCUUGGACCCUAUUCUACGUAUUGACAUCAAUAUUUGGAAGCUUAGAUUGGGGAUCGUGCGACAAUGAUUUCAAUAGUGAUUUUUGUUACAGUGGCAGUUACGACAAAAACUGUCGAAGUAAGAACUUCACUGGAUCUGAAACACAAACUUAUUAUUUGCGCACGUGCAUGAGCAUCGCUGAUAUAUGCAAGAGCACGGGUUUCCAGCCCUAUGACGAUAAGUUCUGCUUGAAUAGUACCAAUGAUCGGAUACCAUGGUACACUAACGCCACCAGGAUAUUGGCUUCAGAAGAAUAUUAUAAUGAACGUGUUCUGGGCAGAGGUGAUGCGACUUGGGAAAAUUGGGGCAAAAUCCAAUGGCAUUUAGUCGGUACACUUUUCCUAUCCUGGGUCAUCGCCUUUUUCUGCGUUAUUAAAGGCGUUCAAUCUGCAGGCAAAGUGGUUUAUUUCACUGCCUUAUUUCCAUACAUAAUGUUGACUAUUCUAUUAAUACGAGGAGCGACUUUGGAAGGUGCUGGAGAUGGAGUCUUGUUUUACCUGUCUCCUUCUUGGGAGCUUUUGUUGGACGCCAGAGUCUGGGGAGAUGCAGCUUCACAGGUCUUCUAUUCCUUCGGAGUGGCUUGUGGAUCGCUCGUCACACUGGCCUCGUACAACAAAUUUCAAAACAACUGUCACUUUGAUGCAGUUUUAGUGAGUUUCACCGACUUCUUCACGUCCGUAUAUGCUGGAUUUGCUAUAUUCACCGUACUCGGAUACCAAGCUAAUCAAAUGGGUGUCAGUAUUCACGAGGUGGCUGAACAAGGGCCAGGGUUGGCGUUUGUCGUAUACCCGGAGGCAGUUUUGCAGAUGCCUGUGGCGAGGCUAUGGUCUAUUCUCUUCUUCUUUAUGCUGUACGUCUUGGGUAUUGGUAGCCAGUUUGCUGGCAUUGAAGCUAUCAACACAGCUAUUGUGGAUCAGUGGCCACAUUUCAGAAAAAACUACUGGAUGGUGACCGCUGCCACGUGUUUUACAUGUUUCAUCCUCGGGUUGCCGAUGUGUUUUAGCGGUGGCGUUUACUUAUUUACGCUUCUAGACUGGAACACGGCCUCGUGGGCCAUCCUUUUAAUUGGUAUAGCUGAGUGUAUCGCAGUAUCUUGGAGUUACGGCAUCAACAAAGCUCUAAACGAUCUAGCAGAUAUGAAGAUGAAAUUGAACAAAUUCCAGACGAUUUACUGGAAAAUUGUUUGGACGGUUAUCACCCCAGUCACCAGUCUGGCCAUCCUGAUAUUCAUCUUUGUGGACUGGACGGCGCCGUCAUACGAAGACUACGUUUUUCCUCUAUUUGCUGACCUCCUUGGCUGGGCAAUCGGCCUAUCAACUCUAGUUCUGUUUCCAGUGGGCGUUUGCUGGGCUCUGUACCAUGGAUAUCACGGCAAGGACCUCUUCAAGCCAACAUCAGCAUGGCGGCCAGCCGUCAGGACGCUGGACGUCCCAAGAUCUGAUUCUAUCAUGACCGUGGACUCGAUACAAACGGAAGGACCCUACGACAAUAUCGGACAUAUCAUGUGAUGACUAGAUAAUAAGUUAAUAAAAUUAGGUAUUAAUUAUAAAAUUAGAAUAAACGCUUUAAUGUUAGUAGCAAGAGUCUAAGUUAUUAACGGAAAAGUAUUAUAAAACUACAGAAUUUUUUGUACAGUUUUGAAAGUCUAUAAUGUACCACAUCAUUCAUCGUCAUCAUAUCAGCCAUUAACUAUUCCACUGUUGAACAUAGGCCUCCUCCUUGGGGAUUUAUCCAGUAGUUGUUACACUUGUUAGGUGAGUUGGCAAACGCAGUUGAGCUUUAGUUAUGCUUUAAGAGAGACGCGUCCCUCAGUCGCCUCUUACGACACCCACGUGAAAGGAAAAGGUGGCCUAUUAUAUGCCAGAAACAUACGGGAAUGAUUAUAAAGUACCAUAUGGCAUACUAAUAUAUGUAAGUAAAUAGUGUUAUUCGGGAACAUCGCAACAGUUAGCAGAAACAAUAAAUACUGUAAUGUUGAUAACUAGCAUCUUAAUUACUAUAAAAUCCAAAAUAAAAUAAAAAUAAUGAAAAGGUCGUAAAUGCUACAAACUGGUAAAAAAUAAAGUACCAUGGAUAACACAGUGUAGUAUGUUAUAUUUAAAAUAAGUUUACUGUUGUAAUCUUUUGGAGGAAAUAAUAAAGAGUAUCUAUCUGUUAUGUCUAUAGGCGACUAUUACCACUUUCCAUCAGGUGGGCCGUCAGCUUGUUUAUAAUUCCAAGUUACUUAAAAAAAAUUAUUGGUUAAUAUUUAAUCGUUUCUCCGAAAAAUAUAAAAAAAAAUAUUUAUACUAACUAUUAGUAAAUAAUCCAGAAUAUUUUAAAGCUAAAAUCUAAACAAUUAAUAGAUAAUUAUUUCAAAUAAUAAUAAUAAUAAGUGCCAUAUAACCCUGAUAAUGCCUGACCCUCAAGCUAGAAGACACUGCUAUGAAAAUCAGGCAAUAAACAUUUGGAGGUACAAUCCCUAACACCCAGACAUGAGCCAAUACAGAAAAGCUCGUUUCAUAAAUUACCCUAAUUGAGGAGUAGAAAAUUUGGAUAAAUUUUACCGUGAAAAACAUUACUAUUGGUGAAAAAACUAGCUCAAUUUUGGCUAAGCAAAAAAUAUUAAGUACUAUUACUUACUAUUACAGCAAUAUUGGUCUAGUAAUCCUAUUAUUAUAAUAAAUACAAAAGUUGGUAACGAAAAAUUUAUAAGUGGAUGGAAGUUACUCUUAGAUGCCAAAACUACUGAAUAGAUUUGAAUAAAAUUUGAUAUACGGAUAGAUUAUAUUCUAAUUUAACAUACAGAAUAUUUUGUAUACUGAUUCACGCGAGUAAAGCCGCGGGAUACAGUUGGUUACAUUAUGAUUAUUUAGUACAAGUAUUUACUAGUUACUUUGUUCGCAUCGAAUUAGUCUUCCCUCAACCAAUAGACUGUGACCACUCAUAACGAGAAGAAAGUAAAACUGUUUAAUUAUUGUUAUUUUUUUUUAUUUCAUAAAGUUAUUUAAUCAUUAUCACCAUCAACUAAUCAUUCUUCGCUUUACUAUUUAUACUUAACUUACAAUAUUUUGUACAGAUUUAGCCAUUUCAGUAAAACAAUCAAACAAUAUUACAAAAAUCACUGUAAAUAUGUAUAUACGAA